CUUCGCCCCAAAAGACUCUUCAUUGGUUUUGAUGUUCCAUGAUAGCUUAGCUAGAUAAUUAAAUUAAAUUAAUGGAAUAAAAAAAUAAUCAAGAUUCAAGAUCUACAACACCGAUUUACACGUGGCGCACAGAUCCAUUCAAUUACUUGUACGGAAUCUACUUGAACUUCUCAUCAAUCUCCAUCCUACGGUUGACAACGUUACGAAGGUGCAUCGCAUUUGCGCCCCACCGCACCGGAAUAUUCCCCACCUCCCUUUUCCUGCGCACAUCGCUACUUCCACUGUAACCGCAAUGGCGGCUGAGCCCGAGACGCACCCACCGCCGCUGGAACCUCCAAUCACCUCCGUCCCAGAAACUGCGCCGGAAACAUCGGCGGCACCGGAAACCACAGCGCAGCCAAGCCCCGCCGCCGCCGGCCCUCCUCGGAAGCGGCAACGCCGUCCGAGCGUCCGUUUGGGUGAGAUCGGCGAUCAACGUGCUACCGGACACGGCAAUGACUCCCACCACACGCGCCGCCCGACCAUACCGCCAUGGAGCUGGCGAAUCCCGAGGGAGCCUUCACGAGCCGCAUCCAAGGCCCGCUCCGCAACGAACCCCGUGAACGGCGGUGAAGAAUUUGGAAACAGCAACAGCCGAAGGGGCAAAGCGAAGCGAGGAUCAACGACGAAGCGGUUGAGGUCCGAAUUUGCUUCUAGAACAAUCGACGAGAAUUUCGACGACGAUCACGCGAGCCCGGUGCAUUCGGUUGAGGAGAACGGACUCGAUUGUUGGAACGUGGAUCGGAGCGAGGAUCAUAGGGUUAGGGUUUCGGAUGGCGUUGAAUCGGAAUCGAGGGAGCGGAGGAAGAACGAGGGAGUGAGGUCUUGGUUGUUUGAGUUAGGGUUGAGUAGGUAUGCUCCUAUGUUUGAGAUUCAUGAGGUGGAUGAUGAGCUUCUUCCAAUGUUGACCUUGGAGGAUCUCAAGGAUAUGGGUAUAAAUGCUGUUGGUUCCAGAAGGAAAAUGUACACUGCAAUUCAGAAGCUUCAGAAAGGGUUCCCAUGAAUCUAUGUUAUGUAUGUAUGUAUGUAUGUACAAUGUAUGUAUGUAUGUAUAUGUGUUGUGUAGUACUAGUUACUAGUUAGUUUUCUUCAGUUUCCUUGUUCUGUGGCUUGAAACUUGUGGAUAGAAAAAUGCAUGCAUGUAUAAGAGUUUUGUUUUUUUUAUCCUCUA